AAGCAUGAAUGACGUAUUGGGAAAUAUUUGAAAAAUAACGAAAGUACUCGAAUCAGUAGAUUCCAUUUUAAAUAAUAUUAUUGUGUGCUAUUAAUAGGAGGCAUAAAGUGCUUCACAAUGGAUAAUCCACUUACUCCAAACAAAAUACAAAGACUCAUACAUCUAGCUGAGGAUAAAUCGUUUAAUGUGCCUCGUCGGUUACUUCUCAACGAUGAAGACUUGAAACGUUCUUGUUAUAGAUUGGCGUCGAACCAAGCGUCAAUGAACAGAACCAACUUAAAUAACUGUGAGUCUUCUUCUGGCAUUUUGGACUUAGACAGAGUUGAAGGUUUUGGAGAAUCUGGCAUAGGAGAUCUGUCUCUCAGUAAAUCUACUGCAUUUAACCCUGGUGAGAUGACUGGAAGAUCAACUGGAGCUGAGGAUUACAAAUUGAUGCAAAUGCCUUUAGGACGGCAUUCAAUAGCCCUGGAGAACCUCACCAGCCAGAUGGACAAGCAAACAUCUGAGAUUCAGGAUAUUAUGAGACAUUCUAUUGCCUCUAAUUACUCAUUUCAUUCAAAGAGAGACCUAACAGCUGAUGAGGCAUCUCUAAUUGUGAGGGAAGCACCAUUACCAGUGCCUAGUUCUGCACAGUUGCAAUUUGCUGAUAGCAUUUCAAUGAAUAAUUCAAACCUGUCUGUGGGAGCUUACUUCAAGAACAGAUGUCCAGAGUUUGGCAAAAUACUUUGUAAGACUGACAGUCCGGACCGGUCUUGCAUGCCAAGCAUUACUGAAGUGUCUGCCACCCACUCGGAUUCAUUACGGUCCAAGCAAUCUUUACACAAGAUGGACCAAACACUAGAUUGUGUACCAGUGAGGCAACCAAGGAACAUCAUGGAUGAAUACUCAGAAAAACAAAAUAAUGCCCUACCUCAGAACACAUUUACAAUGCCCCAAACAGAAAAACCCAUUGAACCUUCCAGUAGCAAAGUGGAACAGGAACAAUUCUUCAUGAGUCAAGUUCCAGAUAAACCAAAGUAUGUCCAAAUGACUUUGAACUCUGUGUCACCACAAAAACCUGUGCACCCACAUCCACAAAAGGCUGGUCCUGCUAGAGAAACUGAUUUGUUAUUGAAGAAUCUGCAAGCGUCACUCAGAUUAGUUGGAGAUGAUACAGAAGGAUCAGUCGAGAAUUCUUUGAGCAUUUCUAGAAUCGCUGACUAUCUUGGCAAGCAGUCCAAUGUCAGUGUCACUGACAUGCUGCAAUUUAACAACAAAAAGAAACUCUUAAAUAAGAAGCAACCGCUCACAGAAUUACACAUGAACAUUCCGGAAAGCAAGAAGAUCAAUCAGGAUGUUCAAGUCACCCACCUAAAAGAUACUAAAAUGACCGAAGCCGCUAGUUCCUCUGGUUCGGUAAAUACAGUCAUAUCACAAAACAAAUUCAAACAACUAAAUGAACCGGAUGUACCAGCUGUUGUGGUAACACAUCAUAAUGAAGUCCCUCAUAAAGAAAUAGAGGUUGAAGAAGCCAGUUCCAAGAGAACAGUAAGGUCUAAAUCGCCUUCUAGCAAAAGCCAAUCUACUCUCAGCACGGUACAUGAAAACUUUACCAGCUUCAAGUCUGGAGAUAGUCCUUUACAUAACAGCAAAGGCGAGGCCAAUGCAUCACAUGUUCCUUCCCCAAAUAUUGUAUAUAAAGAAUUAGAUAAGUCUGUAGAUUGGCACGAAGUAAUGCAACAGAAACGUUUGAAACAGGAGGGCUUAGCUAAAGAACAAUGGGUGGAAAUUUCAGCUUCAAUUGCCAACGGAUAUGUGGGUGUUAGUUGUCCUGUAAUUCUGACGGUCACAACGUUAUCGGACAGUUGGCUGACUGCUAAGCUUCAGUUCGACGACCUACCUAACAACGGCCAAGAUAUUUCCGUCGAACUGCCCCGAAUGCCGCUCCUGCUAUCUCCUGGCAAAUGUGAAAAGAUCACAUUGAACAUAACUUCCAACAUAGAAUUGAAUACGACUUUGAAUUAUACUGUAUUCUUAAAAGACGCAUCAGUCGAUGGUGACAUAGAACAGAAGGGUGAGGUUGAAGUUAAUAUCAAAAUGCCUGUCAUCCAGGCGAUGUCCUGUGAUGGUGUUAACAAAGUCAGCUUCCCUCCGAUACAAGAAAACAGUACGCUGAUCAAGUCUUUCGUACUCAUAAGUGAUUGUCCCACUGAUCUUCAGUUAGCAUUGUCAGUCGUCGAGGGCGACAGCAUAUUCACGAUUAAAAGUGUUCAAGAGAUUAAGAAAAGCGACAUUAACAAGAUUCUGAUGGAGCGUCAAGCGUCUACUGAUGAUGCGCCACAAGGGAAAGCUAAGGGCAAGGGAAUUAAUAAGCAGCUGUGCAGACUGACGAGCGGGAACGCAAUUAAAGUAACGAUUAAGUUCACCGCUCCUAAGCUGUCAGAUAUUCAGAUAGCGGACUCAAUAGUCACUUUCAAUGGCGUGAUGACGGUGAAUUUGAUUGGUAUCAACACAGUCUUGCGUAAAGUGGACCUGAUAGGCGUCGUGGGCACUGUGAGCCUUGUGCUGAACCCAGCCGUAAAUAAACUGCAAUUAACACAAGAUCCCACAAGCAUAGAUUUAUGUAACAAAGGAUCUAUAUCUGGUAUUUGGAUUGUUAAGUUCAAGACGAACUCGCCGACGGACAGCUUUCCCUUCAAGAUAUCUCCUUCGAAGUUCGAGAUACGUCCGGGGACUUCGAAACCUGUCAGUCUGAUGUAUACUGGACCUCCAGACAGUUGCUGUGAAGCAUCCUUAGUAUUUGAAGAUAUAGUAACUGGUAACAAAACAACAAUAGAAAUAACUGGAGGAUCAGAAAAACCGAAAUCUUUUCCAAUUAAAACUAAUUACAGUUCCAUAUCAUUUGUUCGUCCCGGAAGAAAGGAGUUGAGCUUGAAGAAUGCUACCAACAAAAAGAUUUACGUGAGAUGUCAAAUAGUCGGCGAUGGGUUUGCUAUUGAUUUACCGAGAGAGUCGCGCGGGAUAUAUAGCCUGCCUUUUGGGCCCUGCGAGUGUCGACCGCUGCCUAUAGUUUUCUCGCCGACUUCGAACGCGCCCCAUAAAGCUACGCUACACUUAGUUUACGACAAAAACUCUGAUUAUUCAAGAAAGGUGGUCCUGUACGGCUGCGCGAGCGGCGAGGCGGUGCGCUGGUCGGGGCUGGUGACGUACGGCGACACGGCGCUGGUGCGGGCCCUCAGCCGCGCGCCCGUCACGCUGCAGCUCUACAACAAGGCCGCCGCGCCCGCCUUCAUCUGCGCCAGGGUGCACUUCAACUUGCAAUACCUGUGCGUGUCGGAAGGCGCAGUCCUGUCGGGCGCGCGGCAGGUGUGCGGGGCGCGGGCCCGCGCGCGCCUGGAGCUGCGCGUGGACUGGGCGCGGCUGGAGCGGCGCGCGCGCUGCCCGCCCGCCGCCUCCGCGCUCGCCACGCUCACCGUGCUCACCGGCGCAGACUACACGCGCCGCAGGAUACUCAAGGUCAUCCGUGAUGAAUGUAAUGGGGAGCUGGACACUUCCCUUUUGCCAGAGCACCUAAGAGCAUUGGCUGAUAAAUUCGAUGGAGAAGACAAAUCAAUGGAUGAUCAAAUUGCUGAUUUUAAAGAAACCAAGGCGUCGCUAAAUGAACUGAUUGGUGGUCUGCAGGAACUGACUGCUCAAAUCGAUCUUCCGCAGGACUUUGCAGAAGAAAAUACUAUUCUCAUUAGUGAUGAUACAGUGGUUGAGCACCACACGCUGUGCGACUAAAAGCUCAUAAUUAGGUAACUUUAUUUUAUAAGCUCUAAUUUAUGUAUGUACCUAUUGAUUUAAUAUCCAGUAUUCUGUUGUAUGAUUAUGGUAAUGAUGAAUGUGGUUUAAUUUGAUCUGAAUUUCAUUUAUUGUAUCUCGCUGUUUGGAGCAUGUUUCUGGUAACUUAUUUGAUAAUAGAAAUAUAAAAGUAAUAUGAAUAAUUAUGUAUUUUGAAUUAUUAAUGUCAGUCCGUCCUAAUAUGCCUUCAUGGAAUGUUUGAUCAUUGUGAUAGUAAAAAAAUGUGCAAAAGUAAUAAAAAAACUAUUUUUAAUUUA